AUUCCAGGCGCGCUCAGUUAUUUAUGAGAGCCCAGCGCGCGCCUACGAACUCAUAACCCAGCCAGACGUACACGCGCAAACAUAUAAACUAUGAGAUAAUCUACGUACAUGCACUCAGAAAUCAACGCGAUUGGAUUUUAUUGGACUAUUAUAAAUGCCAUUAACGGAAUCAGUGUGGAAUAAAAGUAUUGGUUGGACCAAUUCACAUACCAAACACUUGUCAAAUAAAAUGAGAGGUGAAGAAGCAUCUGGCACUGUUCUGCACAGACUGAUCCAAGAGCAGCUUCGCUAUGGAAACCCCACAGAUGCGCACACACUCCUGGCCAUCCAGCAGCAGGCCUUGCGACGAGGAGGAGGUGUUGGAGGUGGCAGCGGUGGUGCUUGCUCCCCCCAGUCUUCAUUUGAGAGCCUCAGCCAGGAGGAGCUUCAAUCCCCGCAGCUCUCCACUCGUCAAGAGCCACAGGGUCAAGAGCACCAGGUUGACUAUCAACAAUCUGAAAACUACAUAACUUACCCCCAACAUGCCGAGGAGCUGCCCACCUAUGAACAAGCCAAAAUUCAUUCUCAAUAUUUGGCAUCCCAGUGGUGCCAACCACUACAGGAUAGUGUAAACAGCCAGAAGCCUUUUGGGGAUGAAGACACCUGGGAUCCCAAGCAAGGUCACACACGGUCACUCAGUGAGCGAUUUCUGCAGCUUUCAAUGGACCGCAAUGCUAGCAAAACAUCUUCUGUUGAGUGCUCCUAUAGUUACCCACAGGUUCAUGAAUGUCAUACAAACCAGCACUUACCACAUAACCAGACGGUUUUGGAGUACAAUAUCCAAGGACCUUAUACAGAACAUCCAGUUCAAGGAUUCACGCUAGAGUAUGAGCCGUGCUACAGACCACCACCACCUUUUUAUUCUCAUCACAACAGAAACAUCCCACCUGUGCAUUCACCAGAAGUUUGUCAUGUACUCUCCACGUCGCCCCCUGCUGGCAGGGAGGUCUCAUCUUGCAGCCACAGUGAAAUGGAGAUGCUCAUGCAGGAGAAUAAGAGACUGAGACAGGAGCUGGAGGGACACACCGAAAAAGCCCUUAAAAUUCAGAAGCUAGAACAAGAAAUCCAGAGGAUAUCAGAGGCCUAUGACACAUUGAUGCAGGGCUGUGCCAAAAGAGAAACCCUGGAGCAAGCGCUCAGAAACAAGCUGAUGGGGGAAAUCAAGAGACUGCAGAAUUCAAACAUUCAAGCGACAAAAGACGCCGAGGCCGCUGAUCAGAACCAGCAGGUUAUCGUCAAGCUCCUUCUGCAGAAUGAAGAACGGCAGUUGCAGUGUGAGCGACUGGAGCAGGAGACGCAGCAUCUGCGAAAUAAAGCAGAGCUGCAGCUGCGCAAGAGUGAAUCUCUGGAGGCGACCCUCAGGUCUGCGCAGAUGCGCAGCCAACAGCUUUUGACAGAGCUGCAGAGGAAGAACGCGUACGUGGAGAAGGUUGAGCGUCUGCAAGGGGCUCUGGCACAGCUACAGGCAGCUUGUGAAAAACGAGAAAGGUUGGAAAUGCGCCUGCGGACACGGCUAGAGCAGGAACUGCGCAGUCUUCGAUCUCAACAGAGACAGUCUCAGGCAAUCAGUGGACCCCAAGUAAACGUGUCCAAUCUGCAAGAGCUCCUUGAGGAAAAAGAGGAGCGCAUUUUGUCCCUGGAGGCCGACAAGACGCGCUGGGAGCAGAAGUAUUUGGAAGAGAAGACCAUGAGGGAGUUCGCGAUGGACGUGGCCGCAACCGCAGCAGCUCAGAGAGACACAACUAUCAUCAACCAUUCGCCUUGCCAUUCCUCCAACAGCAGUUUCAUUGAGGAGCUACCGUCUUCUGAACACAAGAACCAGGAGGUGGAGAACAGAAUUCGUGCUCUACACACCCAGAUUUUGGAAAAGGACACAGUGAUUACUAUGCUAAAGUGGAGACUUGAGAAGGAGUCAGGAAGUCUCCGCCCAGCCAUCUCUGAACCCUCCAUCAGCACCUCUCAUCUCACUGGCCAAUGCAAAGGAAAGAGUCAUUCGGACGAUCAGACGUCUUGCACUUCACAUUCUCUUGUAGCUGGACCGGGACAGUCUAAGCCACUGAAACACGCCACAGAUCAAGCCUACAACCUCAAUAACACGCAGCUAUCAUCAUCCCAUGUGGACCUUUUCAAGGGCUUGGAUAAUGUGGAGGCUGAAGCAGUUGAGAUCUUCAUAUGAUAAAGAACAUUUGGGCAGAUUGAAAAUAAUAACCUGUCUGAUGAUGAGGUUGGACGUACACACAAAGUAAAUGACUUUACUGUGGUAAAGAAAUAAUCCAGCUGCUCCUGCGAAAAAGCUGAGCUCCUAAAGGUACAACAGUAUCUCCAUAGUGGCAUUUUUUGAUUCAGCGGUGAACUUGGCUGCUGGUGACAAUACUUUUCAGUAUUUAAAAGAAUCCCGUAGAGGAGGGUUGAUACAAAACCAGAACACUGUGUUUUGGCCUUCUGGCUGUCUCCUAUAUCCUACCUCUUUCAUUUGAUAUUAUUGUACCUCCUCUCAGCAGACCUGUGGUUACUUCACCACAUUCCACUUCCAUUGAAUUCUUGGAACGCUCACAUGUACUCUUCAACUCCACCUUCAUCGAUUGUUAGACACGGUGAAGCAUUUUUCUUGUGUUUUUCUAGUUGUGGCUGCAACGCCCUUCAAUGGGAGCGGCCUCAUUUCACUUAUAGGAAUGGCACGCUUCAUACUGUUGUGUUGUCAUGCCAAAUAAAUCUUAAGAACUCUGUCAGACAGAAAACUGAUUGUAGUAUAUUAUAAUAUGCUUUCCUGUAUUUGUAUUAUUAUUAUUUUUUUACAUGUACACUCUCAAAAAGCACAUUUGCUGGUCAAAGUGUUAAAGAGAGUAUUUUGUUGUGCUAUAAAAGGUAUACAGUUACUCUAUUUUAAAGUAAAAUGUUAAUAUAUUUUCUAACUAAGCUAAGAUUAUUUUAUGUUGCCUGUAUGUGAUGCUGAGGAACGAAAGCCAAAGAGCAUUUCAGUGAUGUUGUGUGUUCAAAAUAAUACGUGACCUUUUUUUUAAACCAGAAAAGAAGUGAAUGCUCUGAAACAUUUCAUGAAUCUACAAUAAAGCUAUUAAUAUAUCAAUAAAACAGGCUCUAGUGAAAUAUA